AUGCCACCCCGUCGCAAGCAAGUCGUCACUGCGGAUCGUCUCUUUCAGGACAUGACUGCACAAAUGGACUUUUUGUCUACAUUUCUGGAGGUGGAUCUCACUCCAGCUAUGCCCCUUUCCAGCGCCACCGACAGAAAUCGUGCGAUAGAUUUGCUUCCACAAGGGGCCAAUUUCCGUCCGUCGAUCGAGCGCCUAUACAAAGUCUGCCAAUGGUCUUCUUUAGCCUUUCAAGAGGAGGAAUGGCGAGAGGAGCAGGGGAUGGAACGUGUCUGUCGUGGUAGAGACUUAUGUGGCGUCUGGCCGAAGCCGUCUUUCCUUCGCCACUUAGGGUUGUCAGAUGAUCAUAACGUUGAGAGUGAUCUGAAACAAGGCAGGAAAGUCAGACGACUUGAGGCGGCAUUCGGUCCAGGCACUGCGCUCUUGAUAGUGCCAAUUGUGCCUCUUUUCCGAGUAUUGUGUAUCCGCGAGGAAGCUAAACUUGUGGAGCUUCUCAGAGAUAACGAGCACAUCACCAGGUGGGCGCAGAAGUAUGAGGGGUUGAAGCAGAUCUACCAAGGGCUAAUCCCGCCCCUAACAGCUCCGACAACGGGCGAACCGUUCAAAUGCGCAUAA